AUGGCUUUCCUUCUUCCUUGGACCUGUGUGUUAGUUGGUUGCUUUUCUGCUUCUCUAGCAGGAGCAUAUAAUUUCUCAGAUCUGUAUCCACCACUGUGGGAGAAGAGUCCUGGUCAGCUCAGUGACUACAGGGUAGAGAAUGGAAAGUACCUCAUUGAUCCCUGGAUAUACUUGGAGAGACUGGGGAUGUACAAAAUCCUAGUGAACAAGACAGCGAGUUAUUUUGAAAACAUUGUGGCUAACAAUGAACAAAAUAUUUUUUGGGGUUUACCUCUCCAGCAUGGCUGGCAAUACAGAACAGGAAGAUUAGCUGAUCCCAGAGGAAGGAAAGGCUGUGGCUAUGAAUCUGGAGAUCAUUUGUGUAUCUCUGUGGACAGCUGGUGGGCUGAUAUGAAUUACUUUCUAAGUGCAUUACCUUUCCUGGCUGCGGUUGAUUCCGGCAUAAUGGGGAUAUCAUCAGACCAAAUCAUGCUUUUGCCGCCACCCAAGGAUCAGACGAAUUUUUGCCUUAAUAUUUCUAGUUGUCAAUCAUCCUAUCCUGAGAUAAUGAGCAAGUGGAAUGCCUUUUACCAGCAUUUGCAGAAUCCUUCUAGUAGCUUUGAAGACCUGUUGAAAUACUUCUGGGCUGCACAUGUUUCAACCUUGGAACAUGCUAGCAAAAUAUUUGAAGAUAGGUUGGAGUAUUAUUCUAAACCAGAAGCAAAUUUUGGAAGAAAUUGGUGUGUGGCUGUGAAAUAUUUAGCUGUAGCCCUCUUUCCAACAACUUUGGUCAGAACAUAUGAAUUCCAGAAGGGCCUGCCUCCACGAAUGCUUGUUAACGGGGAUAGAGCCCCCUUCAUCCACGACUUUACUGACUUUCAAAACACGGUUCUUCUUGUUCUAAGUUUUCUUCGCCAAGUGGAUAACUCUCCAGUGGCAUCAAGUUUUAAUCCUUGA